GAUUGGGAGGGGCGUCGGGGAAUGGGCUUACGUAGCAUGAGUUACUAUCGCCAAAGUAGAAGUUGCUUAGGAAAGAAUGAAUUUCUCAGGCUUGUCAGAGCUUAUUGGAUGUUUCUCGGUUGACUGAAGCUGGGUUUUAAAUUAAAGUGGGCGGAGAGGGAGGAAGGGAGAACUCAGAACAGUAAUAACGUGUCUGUUGGUUUUCUGCAGAAACCAGAGUAUAGCACACAGGAUCAUACACCCCUGGAGUGAUGCUAUCUCCUGUUUAUCGGUGCAAUUUGAAAGCAAAUAGAUGCUUGCACUUCAUAAAAUCAACAUGGAAAAGAUCUCCUUCAGCUUCAGUGUGUCUUGUAAGAUGGAACUCCUUAGCAGUACCUCGGAUCACAACGCACUACACAAUUUAUCCUCGCGACAAAGACCCCAGGUGGGAAGGAGUGAACAUGGAGAGAUUUGUAGAUGAAGCUGAUGUAGUAAUAGUUGGAGCAGGACCAGCUGGCUUGUCAGCAGCCAUCCGUCUCAAACAGUUGGCUAAUGAACAAAGUAAAGAGUUGCGAGUGUGUGUGGUGGAAAAAGCUGCACAGAUUGGAGCACAUACACUCUCUGGAGCAUGCCUGGAACCACGAGCACUGGAAGAACUUUUCCCAGACUGGAAGGAGAGAGGGGCACCUCUUCACACUCCAGUAACAGAAGAUAAAUUUGGAAUCCUAACAAAGAAGUAUCAGAUCCCCGUACCAGUGCUACCAGGUCUACCAAUGAACAACCAUGGUAACUACAUUGUGCGCCUGGGCCACAUGGUGAGAUGGCUAGGAGAACAAGCAGAAGCACUUGGUGUUGAGCUGUAUCCAGGCUAUGCUGCAGCAGAGGUACUUUUUCAUGAAGAUGGUAGUCUUAAAGGAAUUGCAACAAAUGAUGUGGGCAUCAAUAAGGAUGGCUCACCAAAGGAUACGUUUGAAAGAGGAAUGGAGCUUCAUGCCAAAAUAACAAUAUUUGGAGAGGGCUGUCAUGGUCAUCUAGCCAAACAGUUAUAUAAGCAUUACAACUUACGAGAAAACUGCAAUCCACAGACGUAUGCCAUAGGACUGAAAGAGUUGUGGAUUAUUGAAGAGAAGAAUUGGAGACCAGGCAGAAUAGAGCACACAGUGGGCUGGCCUUUGGACAGGCAUUCCUAUGGAGGAUCUUUUAUAUAUCAUUUGAAUGAAAAGGAACCUAUGAUCGCAGUAGGAUUUGUGGUUGGCCUAGACUAUGAAAAUCCUUUCCUGAGUCCAUUUAAAGAAUUUCAAAGAUGGAAACACCAUCCUUCUAUUUCUCCAACUCUAGAAAACGGGAAAAGGAUAGCAUAUGGAGCCAGGGCUCUAAAUGAAGGUGGUUUUCAGUCUGUUCCGAAACUUACCUUUCCUGGUGGAUUAUUAGUUGGCUGUAGUCCUGGUUUUAUGAAUGUUCCCAAAAUCAAAGGAACACACACUGCCAUGAAAAGUGGUAUAUUAGCAGCAGAAACCAUCUUUAAGAAGUUGACUGAUGAAAGCAGCCAUUCUGAUACAGUAGGUCUGCAUGUUCCUGAAUAUGAAGAUAAACUUAAGGAGUCGUGGGUGUGGAAGGAGUUGUAUUCUGUGAGAAAUAUCCGGCCAUCCUGCCAUAGUUUCUUGGGAGUAUAUGGAGGAAUGAUUUAUACUGGAAUAUUUUACUGGCUUCUAAGAGGAAAGGAACCAUGGACAUUAAAACACAAAGGUGCAGACUGCAAUCAGUUGAAACCUGCCAAGGAUUGUACACCUAUUGAGUAUCCUAAACCUGAUGGGAAGCUGAGUUUCGAUCUUCUUUCUUCUGUUGCCUUGAGUGGUACCAAUCAUGAACAUAACCAGCCAGCUCAUCUUACAUUGCUCAAUGACUCUGUACCAGUGAACAAGAAUCUGGCUAUAUAUGAUGGUCCAGAGCAACGGUUUUGUCCUGCAGGUGUGUACGAGUAUGUUCCAUUAGAAACUGGUGAUGGAAUGAGGCUACAGAUCAAUGCCCAGAACUGUGUCCACUGUAAAACUUGUGAUAUUAAGGAUCCAAGUCAAAAUAUCAAUUGGGUGGUACCCGAAGGAGGUGGUGGUCCAGCUUACAACGGCAUGUAAACAAGAAGUGUUUGGAGACAGGAUCUCUGUUGUUUUUAUAUAUUGUUUAAUGCAAAAUGAACGAUACUGUCAGAAGAAAAGCAAGAACAAAGUUGAAACAAAGUGCCCUUUCUAAUACAGAUCCAGUUCAGUAUGCUAGUCCAGCCGGUUCUACAAGAUUACCGAGUUUUCGUUAAGUUUAGGGUGAAUAUCCUAGACAGUUUGUCAGCAGCAGUUUUUGAUCUGAUUUCUGAUCAGUUUAGUUUUAAAUGUUUGUAUACCAACAUGUAUGUUAAUCGUGGUGUUUUAUUUGAAACUUAAUGUAUAUACUGUAGUUUGAUUAAAUCUUUAUACUCUUACUAUUCAGUGUUUCUUCCCUAAAUUUGAUUUUCUGUUACCAGUAAUCUUGGACUUCAGGUCCAAAUGUGGCAUAAUUUGAAUAUACAUUGUAUAUAAAUAUCCUUUUUGUCCUAAAGCUGAUGGAUCGAGACUGCAGAUUAGUUUAAUCACUAGCCUUACAGAAGGACUGUAUGCAUAUCAGAGAGAUACUCAUAUUUAUAAAAUAAAAUUCCAAACCGUGUUAAAUUUGC